UGACUUUUCGGAUGAUUGUCGUGUUUUUUAGAAAUUUUCGCGCUAUUUAUCACUUUUCAGUUUUAUAAUUUCGUGGUGAGGUGCAAAAUUAAUGAAAAUUAAAUUGAUUUCAGUAUUUUUUUGUCUGAAUUAAUUUUAGAAUCGAUCAACCAACAUUUUGAACCGAAAUUAACGUAAUGGAAUCUAAAAACAAGAAUAUUUUUCAUCAAACCUCCAUUUCCAAACACUUACGUUGACGUUUAUCCGUUUCCAUGGAGCAUCGAAACACAUCCAGCGUCCAACCUAUCUCAAAUCUUCACUAAUAAUUUAUUAUUACCAUGUUAAAAUCUCGUAUGUUUUUCGGUCUAAACACCAGUAUCAAGAAAAACGCACACUUCAUAUCAGACGAAGAAAUUCUCUACCCUGCCGGAGGUGUCAUAACAAUACACAAUCACCGAGAAAAAACUCAGCGCUACAUCAACUUUCCCAGCUCCGAAAAAGAAAUCUCCGUGAUAUCUGUUUCUCUGAAGAAGAAAUGCAUCGCAGUAGCUGAAAAAGGAGAUAUAGGUGAAAAACCUAGAAUAUUCGUCUACGACUUGGAAACCUUGCAAAGGAAAACAGUGCUGGGGAUUCCGUUCGAAGUAAACACCAGAGAAUUCAUGCGUUUGAUUUUUACCCACGAUGGAGUACACAUCGCAGCACUUACCGGAGGUCCCGAUUACAUAAUGUAUUAUUACAAUUGGCAAAGUGGUAAAAUCGAAAGUCAAGCUAAAGCAAAUAAUCCUCCUAGUACACCUGGUCCUGUUACAGAUGUAACUUACCUACCUAACAAUAUCGAAAACCAGAAACACAAUUUCAAUAUUACAGUUAGAUUCAUUUCACAGAUGGCUGUUAAUCCUAAAGACGCUACGAUCGUAGUCUUCGUAGGAGUUAGCUUAUUUCGAUUACUCAGCAUGUCUGAAAACGUAUGGAGACAAUAUGGGUUUCAAAAAGCUCAGAAUUUUUCCAUACUAUCAGUUUGCUGGCUCACCGACGAUCGAGUUUUAGCCAGUUGCAAGGAUGGUAAAGUAAUCAUCGUUCAGUCUGGUGAUUUAAAUGGAGUAUAUAACAUAAACGAUAUCAACGAAAUCAAUAUUGUAACCACCGUUGAAAGUAAAAAAGAACCGGUGAAGACUUUUAGUAGAACAGCUAGUAAGUUCAUCACAACUAAAGAACCGGAGAAAAAAGAUCAGGAAGUACGAUGCUUAGUGGCGAUAAAUUCAGGCUUCUUGUACUCUCAGAAACCGGGGCAAGUGGUGUAUUUUGAAAAAACUAGCAAAACAAGUUACAAAAGAUCAACGACGUUCGUAAUUAAAAAAGACGUCCUAUGUCACGAUGCAGAUUACGACCAGCUUUAUUACAUACAUUGCAUAGGUAUCAAUCUCGAUGGAACCAAACUACUCUGUACGACGAAUCGAUCGCAAAUAUACUGGGCUGAUUUACAAGGCAAUAAAGACUCAGAGGUACAAGAAUUCGACGUGUUUGAGGAACCACUGCAUCAUGGUCCGGUUGCUGGCCUGAGUACUUGUUUAUGGAAACCUAUAUUUAUGACUUGUGGCGAAUACGAUAAUUCUGUUAGAAUCUGGAAUUACGCUACGAUGAAAUUAUUACUAAAUCAGACUUUCAUCGAAGACGUUAAAUGUAUUUCUUUACAUCCUACCGGGCUCUACGCGUUGAUUGGAUUUUCCGAUAAAGUCAGAUUUUUCCUCGUUUUAAUCAACGAAUUGCAAACUUAUCGCGAAUUUGAUAUUCGUCAAUGUCACAUUUUGUCAUUCAGCAACAACGGUCAUUUAUUUGCUACAGAAUGCGACUACGAUAUCGUCGUAUUUUCUUCGAUAACUUUCCACAAGUUGUUUUCUUUUCAAGGUCAUUAUCAGCAGAUUACAUCUUUAAAAUGGUCCUACAAUGAUCUCGUAUUGCACACUAGCAGCACGAACGGAGCUGUUUAUCAAUGGAGCAUUGAAAAGAAUACUAGGAUAUCGGAUGUAGUUAUGCAAGAGGUGGAAAUCAAAGGACUGAUCGCGUUAGAUGAUAAAAAAACCGUUUGCAUUGCAAAUGAUGGAAGUAUUAGAGAAAUUACCGACGUUAAGCUAACUCUCAAUACGAAUCUGAAUCACGAAAAUUCAACGACCUUGGACGCUAUUACUUUUAUUCCAAGUGCUAAUUGUUUACUGUUAUCCGGUAAAAACGGUAUAAUUAUUUCGCUCAAGUAUCCCAUCAACGAAGAGCCAGAAUUCAGCUUUUACUCGAUGCAUAAUAAAUCAGUGAAACAAUUCUGCAUUAUGAACAAAGAACAAACAUUCGUCUCGUGUGGAAUCGACGGCACAGUUUGUAUUUGGGAUAUCGUACCAAAUAUGGGCCAACCCAGCGAUAACUACUUCAAAGAGAUUCUAAUCAACGUAGACGAAUUAGCCGAAAAGAAUCAAAACCUAUACCACCUCGAAAGCAGAAUACACGAGAUGGCGGCAGAACACACUUUCGAAAUAAAACGUUUAGAAAGUUCCUAUACUGAAAAAAUACAGCUUUUAGAAGAAAACAAUUCGAGUAUAGUGAAAAAUUUGAAAAAAAGAAUCAAGACUUUGGAAAAAGAACAUUCCAUGGAAUUGAAUAGGAUCCAUUUGGAUAUAACUCAAAUGAGACAAACGCAUACGAUGGAAAUGGAUAAAUUAGAUUCGAAUUUUAAUAACAAACUGCUGUACGAGUUUCAGAAAUACGAUUUAUUGAAAGACGAAAUGGAUAAGAUGAAGAAUCGUUACGAAAAGGAACUAGCAACCUUGAAGCAAACUCAAGAUACUGAAAAAGAAUCACAGAAAACUCAAUUUACCAAGGAAAUUGACGAUUCGAAAAAAGCUCUGAUCCAACUUCAAAGCACUUUGGACGUCGAAACACGAAAUCAUCGAGAAACUUUAUCAAACUUGCAAGGGAAAUUCUCAUCAGAUAUCGACGACUUGAAGGCAAACUACGAGUCUCAAUUGAAAGCAGAAAAAACAAAGACAUCUAAUCUCGAGACCGAACUGGGAAUUACUAAAAAGAAAUUAGCGAUGCUUCAAAAGGAAAAAGAAGACUUCAAAAGCAGUAAAAUGGCUUCCGAAACCGAAUACGACAAUUUGAAGCAAAAACACUCCGAAUCGCUCAAUCAAAUAGUAAACUUGAAGAAAAUAAUUCAAGAUAAAAUUGAUAACAUCGAACAAGAGAAAAAACAUAUCGCAGAAUUACGUAAAAAUCUCAAAGAAAUGGCUCAUUCUAAAUCCAAUCUCGAUACCAAUAUCAAUUUACUAGAGAAACAAAUUCAGUCGAAUGAUCACCAAUUGGAACUGAAAUCUAGAGAGAUUCAUGAGUUGGAAAAAACCAUAAAAAAAGAAGAAAAAGAUAAGAUAAAGCUACAAAACCAAAUACUCCAUUUAACCACCAAACUUCGAGGAAAAGAAUCCCUCAUGCAAAUGGACAUUUCAAAGUUACAAAUCGUCAGACAGCAAAUUGAAAGCAUGAAGAACGAAAUCUACCACCUUAAAGACCUAAUACAAAAUCCAAUCGAAUUAAAAAAACAAGUUAAAGAAUUAUUAUCAAAAUACACUACAGCAGAUAAAGAAGCGGGUCAGUAAAACGGCGAAACGUAAAACACUCCGUGUAUAUUUUUUUUUUUUUUUAGUCAUCACACCAUUUUUACAAAAACAUUACAAUUAGAAAUUUACAAAAAAAAAAUCUAAAUAAAGCCACUCGUUUCAUUGAAAAACACUCUUUUUUGC